AUCGUAGGCUGCCCCCGAGCGAUUUGGGCCAUACGCAAGAUGAUCCUCACGCAGUGCGCCGUCUGCGCCACCGACCUUGGGCUAACCUUGGGCAAGAAAUGCGGCCGCUGCGCUACACGCUACUGUGGGCCUGAAUGCCAGGUGCAGCACUGGAAAGAAGGCGGGCACGACAAGAUCUGCAAGCAAAUAAAAAAAGCAGGCGGCGCUGAGCAAUACAACGCAAAUCAGAAGUACGCGGAGGCCGUAACGGUUGCAGCGGAAGCGUGCGCAGAGGACACCAAGGGCCAGACGUGCUACAUCUGCACGCAGGCCGUCCAUUGGAAGACAAAGGAGGGCCUCGUGCGGAUGUGCGCGUGCCGCGGGACCUCCGGUUUUGCGCACGUGUCGUGCUUGGCGGAGCGGGCGAAGAUUUUGUAUGCGGAGGCCGAGGAGAACAAUUUGGCCGGCAAGGCCGUGGACCAGAGGUGGGUCCGCUGGCACACGUGUAGUCUGUGCGAGCAACAGUACCACGGCGUCGUAUUUUGUGCGCUCGGGUGGGCGUGCUGGAAGACGUACCUGGGGCGGCCGGAGACUGAACAGGUUCGGCACGCUGCGAUGCAGGUGCUCGGGAGCGGUUUAUACGCGGCAAAACGCCACGAGGACGCAAUGGUCGUGCAAGAGGCCGACCUCUCUAUGAAGCGGCGCGUUGGCGAAUCAGAUCACAAUAUUCUCGCCGCGAUGAGCAAUCUCGCGGCCACGUAUGCUGCGGUUGGAGACCUUGAGAAGGCCAUAAAUAUGGAGCGAGGAAUAUACUCCGGACGUUUAAAGUUAGAGGGCGAGGAUGAUCCGCAAACCCUCAUAGCAGCCAACAACUACACGUUUUCACUUACUGAACGCAAGCGCUUCGAAGAAGCCAAAUCACUGCUGCGCAGAACGGUGCCCGUGGCACGACGCGUUCUCGGAGAUAGUGAUGAGAUCACGCUUAAAAUGAGGUGGGGUUACGCGGAGGCGCUCUGCGGUGACCCCAACGCCACGCUCGACGAUGUCCGCGAGGCCGUGACGACGCUCGAUGAGACGACACGGAUCGCGCGGCGCGUGCUCGGCGCCUCGCAUCCUCUCUUAGGAAUCACUGAGCCAUGUUUGCAGGAAGCGCGAAGAGUGCUCCACGUCCGCGAGGCCCGGGGCGCCCCCCAAGGAAGCUAAACGACGGAU